AUGUCAGGACGUGGUAAAGGAGGCAAGGUGAAGGGAAAGGCCAAGAGCCGAUCAUCCCGUGCCGGACUUCAGUUCCCCGUGGGUCGUAUCCACCGUCUGCUGAGGAAAGGCAACUACGCCGAGAGAGUGGGAGCCGGUGCCCCCGUGUACCUGGCCGCCGUUCUUGAAUACUUGGCCGCCGAAGUCUUGGAGUUGGCAGGCAACGCCGCCCGCGACAACAAGAAGACCAGAAUCAUCCCCCGUCAUCUGCAGCUGGCCAUCCGCAACGACGAGGAGUUGAACAAACUGCUGUCCGGCGUGACCAUCGCCCAGGGUGGUGUCCUGCCCAACAUCCAGGCCGUGCUCCUCCCCAAGAAGACCCAGAAGUCCGCCAGCAAGUAAAAAGUCUGUGCGACUUUCAAAUAAACCAAACGGCCGUUUUCACGGCCACCCAAAUCUUUCGAAAAGAUGCCUCUAUAUAGGAGCGUAAUUUAAGAAACGAAAUGUGUUGACUUUUCAAUGAAUGAAAAAACUACAUGCAGGCUAUAACGUAGAGCACUAUAUACAUGACAUGCAUUUCUCCUCAAUCCGAAGAA